UGUUCAAAAGAGAAAAUCACACCGAAAUGAGAAAUGCUGUCCUUUUCUGCAUAUCACUGCCCCCUUCCGCAUAUCGCGGCGGCUCAUUUUUGGCCGGCCCACCCGGUUCUCCCAAUGGCCAGUCCGCCACUGAGCCUUGCUGAAGCACCCACAGAUCAUCACCGAUAAGAGAAAGAGCAAGAGUUGUCCUUCCGCAUCGCUGUUCCACACUCCAGUUCAGUUGGUGGCGGUAAUGCACCAAAAGCUGGUUUGCCAACCGUCAAAAUUCAGAAGAAGAAGGUGAUCCUUUUUUACGGACUGUGAUGACACGUUUCCGCCUUAUAUAGCAUCGUAAAUCUAACAACCUUUUUUUUAUUAUUUUUUUAUAAUAGCCAUUUUUUAAAUAUUGAUUGUAAAUUGUAUUAUUAUUAUUAUUAUUUUAUAUAGUUACCACAGCUGCGAGGGGGGUUCUUAUACAGCUGCUGAGAGAAUGACAGUACACGCAUUGCAUUUUCUCUCAUCUGACUGUCUCAUCUGACUGACCUCCCCUUUCUGUAGUAAUUGAAAAGUAAUAGUGGAUUUUUUCGUUUGCUGUUGGAGCAAAUGGUGUUGUAGUUGGUCUUAAAAAUGCAGCUGAAGAGAGUUGUGAUCCUGCCGGGGAACGGCGCAGGGAAUAUCGAGCACUGUAACUGGUACGGAUGGUUAAAGAAACGAAUAAAUGAGAUAUCCGACGUGUCUUGUGUGCUGAAGAACAUGCCAGAUCCUGUGACGGCCAGAGAGAGCAUUUGGCUUCCGUUUAUGGAGAAGGAUCUGAAUUGUGAUGAAGAGACAGUAAUUAUCGGACACAGUUCAGGGGCUGCUGCAGCCAUGAGGUAUGCAGAAACACACAGAGUGUAUGCCCUUAUUCUGGUGGGUGCUUACACCACAGAUCUGGGAGAUGAGAAUGAGCGUGAAAGUGGAUAUUUCAGUCGGCCAUGGGAAUGGGAAAAGAUUCGAGCAAACGUGAAACACAUCCUUCAAUUUGGAUCCACAGACGACCCCUUCCUGCCUUGGGAAGAGCAACAGGAAGUGGCUGAUGGAUUGAAGACCGAUUUAAAAAAAUACUCGGACCGUGGACACUUCCAGAAAACAAUCUUCCCAGAACUCAUUGAUGCAAUAAAAAGACUCAAAACUGACAGUUAAAGUGAUAGUUAACCCAAAAAUAAAACUUCUCCCAUCAUUUACUCACCCUCA